AAGAUGAAAUUAUAAAAAGUAAACACAUAGAAAAUUUCCGAUCAUUUGUUAAAAGACAUUUUAAGAUGUGGUCACGAUUUCUUUUGGUAUUCUAUUCAGUGGUGUGCAGUUUAUGCCUGCCAGCUGGGAGGGAUAGACCCAUUUUUACUAUAUACGAAAUACCUGAAUGGAUCCGUUAUGAAGGGUAUGUGGCAGAACGCCACCACGUCACCACACAUGACGGCUACAUACUGGAGAUGCACAGGAUACCGUAUGGACAGCACCAGACCACAUCUGCCACUAGAAGACCAGUAGUUUUCAUGAUGCAUGGACUCAUGGUAGCUUCAAACUCUUAUAUCGCACUGGGUUCACAACGUGGUGUCGCUUACAACUUUGCGGAUGCUGGUUUUGAUGUAUGGCUUGGCAAUGCCCGUGGUAACACAUUAUCCCGUCGUCAUGUGACAUUAGACCCCGAUGAUUCAGAGGACAAAUCGCAGUUCUUCGACUUUAGUUUCGAAGAAAUUGGCAUGUACGAUGUAGCUCAAAUGAUUGAUUACGUUCUUAAUUAUACUGGGAAUGAGAAACUCCACUAUAUAGGCCAUUCGCAAGGAGGAACAGCGUUCCUCGUACUGGCAUCUAUGAAGCCGGAAUAUAAUGAGAAAUUCACUUCCGUACACCUUUUGGCUGGUGUGGGAUAUCAAGAAUACUUUCCAAACUCAGCGCUGCGGACAUUGGCGACAUUUACCAAUGUUAUAUACGCUGCAGCACUCGGUCUUGGCAUCGUAGAAGUAGACUCGCCACUUUCUUUUAAUAGAACAACCGACGAUUCAGCAGACUACAGUUUACCAGAUAUCUGUGAUGACAAUGCUGAGCAGGAAUUUUUAUGCGAUUUGGAGACCAUUACCAAAUUAAUAAGAGAUGAUGUUAUAGAAGAAGACAUUAUGGGAUCUAUGUUUGGAGGAGCUGCCUUAAAACAAAUAGCACAUUACGGUCAAAAUAUAAGAGACAAGUCAUUUAGACGCUGGAAUUAUGGUGCAAUACGAAACAGAGAAAUAUAUGGAUCAACAAGUCCACCAAUAUAUAACAUAAGUUUGAUAACGGCCAAUGUAACGAUGCAUUAUACUGUUAAUGAUAAUUUACUUGAUGAAAGAGAUGUGCUGGCUAUGGCAAAUGAUAUGCCUAAUACAGUAGUAAGAAGAGUAGCCAGAGAUGAUUUCUUGCAUGCAGAUUUUGUAGCUGCUUUCGACGCUAAAGACUUAGUAACGGAUUACAUAAUAGAAUCUAUGCUACAAUUACAAGAUAUAGAGUAUAUAGAAUCAGAAGAGGAUGAUUCGGAAAAUAUAGACGACAGUACUGAAUCCGAAGAUAUAACUGAUCCAAACAAACCAGAUUCCAGUAGUAUUAUAGUAUUGAGUCUAAUGAUUAAAAUAUAUUUAUCUAUUUACGCAUUAUGGGUAAUAGUGUAAUAACAAUGUAAAAGUUUUUGCUUGAUUGAGUAAAUAAGUAAUGUAAAUAAUUGCUGAUAUGUAGUACCAUUAAGUUAUAAGUUGUGUUAAGUAUUAAACAAAAAUACUAUUCUUCAA